AUGUCUCCAGGAAUGACCCUUUUCGCGGUUCAGGCCGUCCUGAUCCUCAGCACAGAGGACGGCUCCAGGAUAUUCGCAAAGUACUUCCAGCCGCCUCAUUCAGCACCCAAUGCUCCCGCAAGCGCCUCAGCCAACCCCUACUCCGAUGUCAAGGCGCAAAAGGCUUUCGAGAAGGGUCUUAUUGAGAAGACCGCCAAGCAGACCGGCGACAUUAUUCUCUACGACAACAGAAUUGUGCUGUACAAGAUGGAGUCAGAUGUCAUGAUGUAUGUUGUUGGCAGUGUCGACGAGAACGAGAUUCUGCUAUACAACACCAUUCUUGCUCUACGAGACUCUCUCCACCUGCUCUUCAAGCAAUCCGUCGAUAAGAGAACAAUCGUUGAGAACUACGACCUUGUUUCGCUCGCCAUUGACGAAAUUGUCGACGACGGCAUCAUUCUCGAGACCGACCCCACCAUCAUUGUUCAGCGUGUCAGCCGAGCACCCACACAGGAUAUGCCCGUUGGUCGCAUUGACCUUAGUGAGCAGGGCGUCAACAACCUGGCGCAGCUAGGAAAGUCGAAACUGGCGGAUUGGCUUCGACAGGGUCUGUAA